GUUUGUGCCUUGAGUGAAGUUCAGAUAAUACAUCCUAUGAUACGCAUCAAAAGGUUACAUUACACCAAGCCAGUGUACUUCUCGAGCAGACCCAAAGAAGCGAGAGCGCCAGCCCGCGAGUCUGCACUUGGCUGUCCUGCUGGUUGUCCGUUACCUGUUGGAAGGUGCUACUACCAGAGCCAGAGAGACAAGGGUUACCAUCGUCCACCACCCCAACACAGCAGGGCGUGGGUACCUGUGUGUGACAUGGAGGCCACAACCUGCACCUCUCUUUUCUUCCUCAUUGUAGUGAUUUCAUCAACCACCGCCACCAAUACCACCAAUAAACAAAAAUGCAGUUCCUUUGGUAUGUUCCAGUGUGAGGAAGGUUCGUGUGUUCAACAGACUGCUAAAUGUGACGGGAUUCUUCACUGUCCAGAUUCCUCUGAUGAGAAUAACUGUCCGCCCGGCUGCACUUCUGAAGAGUUCCGGUGUGGAGAUGGUUUCUGUGUUCCACACGUUGCCAAGUGCAAUGGUUAUGUUGACUGCCAAGAUUCUUCAGAUGAGACAGACUGUCUAGCAGACAGUGAUAUUGAGCUGCAGGUGACAGUGGAUGGUCAAGAAGCAGACACAGUAGAGAAGGAUGGCUGGGUGACGGUAACAGAGAAAGCAAUGAGACAACUCUCCCUUACCUGCAAUGCACACCUCUUUCCUUCAGGAGCCACGGACUCAUUGCAUUCUUACGUGUUCUGGAGAAAGGAUGACAAAGACCUCCCUGAACACAACUGCACCAUUGUACCUGCAAACAUCUACUCACCAUUCCAAGCUCAAGGAACCUACUCGUGUGAGGUGAGGCAACCCAACUCCAAAGUCCACUAUGUCAGCAAUAAAGUGCUGCUAACAUUGGAAGGACAGGAGGUACUUCUACUGCACCUUCACACACCACCAUACACACCAAUCAACUCCAGUGCCUUGAUGAGUAAGGUGCAUGAAGCAUUCUCAAGCUUGCUGCAAGAUGUCAAUUACACCAUUAAUGCAGUUUCCAUCAAUAAACAGAAUUUUACAUCUAACACUUUUGUGAACUCUCUGGUUCAAAUUCAGCUUUCUUCCACCACCACUGCCUUUGAAAAGCUGUUAGAGAUAUUGCACAGUGAGAGCAGCAUCAAGGAAUUGUUGAAAAGUGCAGGAUUCUUGUCUUCCUCAAUGGUAUUCCUCGCCACACGGUGCAGGAAGCGAACAAACAUCUUACCCUACAGAAAUUCUGUCACAUGGCCAUUCUCAGAGGUGGGCGAGGUGCAGCCGCUCCACUAUCGGUGUGAGGAUGCACAUGGCAACUUGGUAGUGGGCCAUUGUCGUUGGAACUACACACAUGGGGCCGCUAUUCACUUUGACAGCCAUAAAUGCAAACGUUUUGAUUUCUGUCCGUCAGACUACACGGGACUUGCUGGCACCUUCUGUGUGUCACGCACAUCUGCCACCACGUGGGAUGAGGGCUUCCGUGCAGCAUACACAAGCAAGCACACCAUAAGCCUUCUGGACACUAACCACACCAUAUUAGAUAAGAAAGGUCAGGAUGAUCAGCUGUCCCUUUACCAGCAAGUUCAGCAAUGGCUGGAGGAUGAUGGAGGAAGCAGCUUGCUGUGGCUUCCUGCUAAGAGACUCACACCUUUUGCCCCCUUAGUAAUUCUGAGUCCUAACUUUAUAUCUGGGUACAAGAAUUUCUCAAACUCCAGUGAAUGGCUGAGUGUGUACAAUGUAUCCUGGGCAGCAGGACAGCCAUCUGCAGAGCACGACUGUCUUGCAUUAGACACAAAGAACUCCACUUUGCUGACUCUCCCCUGUGAUAAUGCACUGCCCUUCCUUACUAUCCUUUAUAUGCAUAAAUUGUUCCAGGUUCCAAACUGGACAUAUGAUAAUACCAUACCAGGCCUAAUCACCCGCGACAAUCUGAUGUGUCCAGGCUGGUCAAGUGAGUACCCAGGUGGCCAGGAAGUCUGCUUUAUGGCGUGCAACAAUGAAGAUGGUCUGCGAUGGGAUGAAGCAGUGGAGCUGUGCAAGGAGAAGGAUGCUCAACUCCCAGAUCCCAGCAAUGGCUUCAUGGAUUGGGCCCUCAGGCAGUACAUGUUUACCUUCAAUGAAUCAAUUUGGAUCACAUUCCCAAAUCCUGAAUCAAACAAGACAGAGCAAAGAAGAGGCACCUUCAUUAAUUGGAAAGCUGAAACUAACCACUCACUGCCCUAUCCUGCACUCACAUCCUCGGGCUGGAUGCGACACAGCGGCAAGGUCACCAAGACACAUGUUGUGUGUCAGAAGAACAUAUUGAUGCCAGAAAGGAACAUAAAAGUCUUUAAGGAGUCAGGUAGUGUCCAUGUGGCAGUAGAGCCACAAAUUGAAACCUUACCAUCGCCACAGUGCUAUGUCAAUGGCCACUGGAAAACUGUAAAUGAAUCCUCUGGGAGUGCUGAGGAGACAGGUUCAGGAACAGGUACCAUGCUAUACUCUGACAUGGAAAAUGACUAUGAUGACUAUGGCAGCGGGGACGAAGAACCAGAUCCUCUUACCUCUUCAGGAAAUAGAGUGGACAGCAACACUCAAGGUUAUUACAAGUGCUUGGUAUGGAGUAACUCCCCCCCCUACCUCCUCUUGUCCGACACACUGCUCUACAGACGCGAGGACACUUUCUCCUUCACCAUUGUUCUCCGCCGCCAAAGUCAAUACAUCCCUGAAUUACAUGAUGCUACCAUGAAUUCUAAAGCAUUCUCUCCAAAAGAGCCCUGCAUGAACAACUUCCUAAAACAAGUUCAGCUGGAUGUGAGACGUGCAUAUGGUGAUAUCAUUCUUGUCACCACAGAGAACUUUUACCUCUCCCCUGAGGUGAAAACAAAUUAUCUUCUCCUUCAUUUUCAUGUCCAGUUUGAAUUUUCUGGUGGAAUUUUAAAAUCAGAGAACCCAAUCUACGAGAUGAUCACCGCUGCACUCAGUGAGCUUUCUGAAGAGAAUGAAGGGAACUGCCACGCUGUGAGUGCCAGAAGUACUGUUGGCUGUUAUGAGGAAACACGGGAACUCUUGACAUGGCCGAGAACUAUGGGAGCAAGGGUGGUGCUCCCCACCGAGCUGUGUGUUACAGAGGAAGGCAACCCUGUCACUUGUGAGUGUCUGGGAGAUUUUAUCAGUGGUUAUUACUGGGGAAACAAGUCUGGGGAAUGCACUGACCAUUUGUCCAAUGAGACACAACAGUUGUGGUCCAUCUACCAAAAUGCCUCUUCCUCUGAUUCUGCCUUAGUGGCCAAGCUGACAGACCGUGGACACGACCUCACUACUGCCGAUGUGUAUUUCACAGCCAAGGCAAUACAAUCUAUCUCCAAUGAAUCCUCAGUGGCAUCAAAAACUCUGGAACACAUUGUGGAAACACUCAACAAUGUGAUGGAGGCAGAGGGCACGGUGAUCCAGCAGAUGCAGGAUGUCUUCAACACAUCCAGUAUUCUACUGCAGGCACUUGAAACAAUCAGCUUCAAAGCAAAAAGCGAUGAACAAGAGGUUCUGUGUAAGACGAAACUAGUGUCCCUAAUGAGGGUGAGUCUGAACCCCACCUCAUCCAUCAUUGGAUAUCACUCAUGGAGAUCAAGUGAAGAGGACGAGGAAGAGGAGGAUGAGAAUGUAAUUAAUAAAGAAAGUCCAGAUGAUUGGCAGCGAAGUCAAGUAUCUCUUAUUCUGCCAGACAACUUAACACAGCAAGUGGCUGAGGAGAGUACAUCAUGUGGUUCCAGGGUGCAAAUAUUGUUUGCUGUCUAUCGCAACUCAAAACUGUUUGACGACAACAGUUCCUUCCCUAACCACACUGUGGACGGCCACGUCAUUCAGGCAACAUACGCUGGCCGCACCAUCACUAACUUAGAACAGCCAGUAAAGAUCUAUUUCAAGACAAGAAGCUCUGGAGACAAUUCUCAAUGUGUCUUCUGGGAUUUCAUGAAGAACAACGGCCAUGGCGGCUGGUCGACGGUGGGUUGCUUGAAUGCGGGCCGCCAUGGGGACCAUGUCCUCUGUCACUGUUACCAUUUAACAAGCUUUGCACACCUUGUCAACUUUGAUGAGGAAAGCCUUGGGGGCAUACAUGAGGUUAUCCUGGACACAAUCAGCAUUAUUGGAUGUGUACUCUCCAUCACUGCUCUGCUGAUGGUGUUACUUACUUUUUUGCUCUUCAAGAAGUGGCAGCGCCGCCUCAGCAACCAGAUUCUUGUGAAUCUUGCCUCUGCUAUAAUGAUCAGCCUCAUUGUGUUCCUCACUGGCAUCCAGCAGACCUUGAGCCUCACAAUGUGCCGUGCGGCAGCAGUCACUCUCCAUUACUUCAUCUUGGCCUCCUUUGGCUGGAUGCUGGUGGAGGCAGUGCACCAGUACCUCAGGCUGGUGAAGGUGCUUGGAGUGUACAUCCCGCGGUUCAUGAGGAAAGCUUCCAUGUGUGCAUGGGGAAUCCCUCUGGUGCCCAUCGUCAUCGUGUUAGCAUAUGAUCCCUCCCUCUACGACAGCGAUCGGAAUGCAGAGAAUGUGAUCUGCUGGAUGUCAAGCACGGCCUUCAAUUAUGCCUUCCUCCCUCCCCUCACUGCAACUAUGGCCACCAAUCUGGUGCUCUUUGGGCUCAUCAUCCACAGCACAACGUGUGGCCGUACACAUGUCACCAGCACCCAGUCUGAGCAGCAGCUGCGCAUCAUUCAGCUGCGGAUGGCCAUUAGUGUGUUCUCUCUCCUGGGCUUCACAUGGCUGUUUGGGCUGCUCACCUUCUGGCAGCCAAACCUGGUGUUCUCUUACUUGUUCUGCAUCACUAACACCACGCAAGGAUUUUUCAUUUUCUUCUUCCACGUGUUCCGGGAGCGUGACGCACGAAAACUAUGGAAGGAGUGGUUAUCCAAGAUUGGCAUGGACUUCCGUGCUUCACAAAACUCAACAUCAUUGCCUACACCUAAGACUUCCCAAGUUCCUCAGAAUUCCUCAUCAGCAGCAACAAGUGAACUAUAGGGUGUUUUGACUCUUAGGAAGAAAACUGUACAAAAUGUCAACACUCUCCUUUUGAAUGUACUCUGAAAAUAUUCCACUUUGUCAUGGCAAAGAUGAUUAUGUUAGAGCUGUGGUGACAGGAUAAGUCAAGGCUCACCCAAAUGCACUCCAGUUACAGUGAUCACUUACGGUCUAACUAGCAACGUUACUCACACUUCUGAAAGCAUUGGUGGAACGGUGGAGGGAAGGGAGGGGGGAUACGGGAUGGACAGUGCCCUCCUUUGUCCAUCCACUGGUCCACCGUAUUCAUCAUUGCUAGCUACAGUAUUUUUCCUCUAGUUUACAUUUUUGCAGUUAAAGUCCCCAAGUAGCAGUAAUUUGCUGUCCUUCCAUAUUGUGUUGUCUUAGCACUUCAGCACUUCCUUUUUCAUUUCCUUGUGUUCUUCUAGCCUCUAUGUGUUACUCUUUGGUGGCACACAUGUUAUUAUGAUCGUCCUCCCUUCCCUCACACUAGUCCAAAUUGUUGCACCUAUUACCUCCGCCAUGUCACCUCCAUACUGCAAAUAUGUAUCAUUCCAAACCGUUAUCAGUAUUCUUCCUCCUGCUCCUCCUUUUCCAUUUUUUCUCUCCUCCAAGUAUUAUGUCCAUCUUCCUUACAGCUUACAUGAACCUCCUCUUUUAACUUUGUCUCAGUUAAGCACUACACAUCUGGUCUACCUUUCCUUAGGUCUCUCAAAUCCUGUUUACCUGAGAGUAAGCCAUCUACAUUCACAUAUAUUGCUCUUAACGUACUUUUCACUCCAUUUAUAAUAACUCUGUCUGCUACUGAGGUUCUUCUAUUCCUUGGUCCCUUUCCUGAAUGUACUACUUCCUAAGUGUGUGUGUGUGUGUGUGUGUGUGUGUGUGUGUGUGUGUGUGUGUGUGUGUGUGUGUGUGUGUGUGUGUGUUUACUCAUUUUACCAAGUUGUAA